UAGAGUGUAAUUCUGAUUCUAACCAAAUUAUUCCCCGUCGAUCGAGUCUAAUGAAUAAGGAUGGAAAAAAGCGAACCAAUACUCGGAAAAAAACUGUGUCGUUUAGCAGUAUGCCUACAGAAAGGAAAAUCGCCACAGGUAAGCAAGUGAAAACAGCUUUGUCAUUUUCCUUUGCUGAAAGGUGAAGCUAUUUCUUGUGAAAUGGUUGAAAAGUACAAGACUUAUUUUAAUACUUUGAAUGUGGAAAUUGAAAGCAAAUUUUAAGACAUCAAAAACUUGGAACAUUUUUCAAUACCCUCAGUUCACCAUUUCGUGCAAAAGCUGAAUCAGCUCCAGAGGACAUACCUCCAAGCAAAUUAUGACCUAAAAAAGAAGUUCAAGUCAGAUCUUCCUCUGGAGUUUUAUGGGUGCCUGAAGUUGUAUUUCCACAAACUUUCACAUUAUUUGGGUCCACAAACAUCUGUGAACUAGUAUUUUCUUGUUUAGAAAUAAAGAGGUGUAAUAAAGUGUUGAUGCUGACUAACUGCAAUUUGAAAGCAGUGACUAGUAAUCUAGUUCCACAUUUCCGGAACAUUAUGCAUGAGUGAAAACAGUUAAAUAUAUUACACAAAGUACAACUGUACAUUUGUGGUGAAAUGUUGUGACCUAAAAGACAUAACAAAAUUAGUUUCAAAAAUUGCUUUUGUUGCAAUGGAAAUUUACAAUAAAGUACAAUUAUGAAGGGAAAGACAUACAUAGUUAACCAUCCUCAAGAUUGUUUAGCAUACAUGCAGAACGGCAGUGAGUUGAUCAAAGUACGCUCCAACAGUCGACAGUAUCAUCGGUUCUUCAGCUUGAGUAAUGACAUGACUGAAAUCAGGUGGCAGCCCACUUCCAAGAAGCCACACAAAGCCCGAAUUGCUGUUUCUUCAAUGAAAGAAAUUCGCCAAGGGAAAACAACGGAAGCUUUACGAAGUAAAGAAAUAGCUGGAGUCUAUCCCGAUGAAUGUGCUUUCUCCAUUCUUUUUGGGGAGGAAUUUGACUCUAUGGAUCUGAUAGCUACUACACCUGACGAAGCCAAUAUUUGGAUUAGCGGCUUGACAUGUCUUCUGAAUGCACGCUCUAAUAGCACCUCACUGGUCAUUGGAGCCAUGCAAAGAAUGAGAGAUACCUGGUUGUUGGAAAUGUUUGAGUCAGCCUCACCAGAUGAUGGUACUUUAGAAGACAACAAAGUGGUCAGUUUAAUGAAGAAAAUGAAUACUACCAUAACCACAUCUCUUAUCUCUCAGAAACUCAAGGAAUUGGAAAUAAAAAGAGCUGAUGGUAAAAGAGGUCGUCUAAGUAGUGAAGAAUUUAUAUCUUUAUUUAAAGAGAUCUCAACGCGGCCUGAGAUUUAUUUCCUGCUGGUCAGGUAUUCAAGCAAUGCUGAUUUUAUGUCUACAGAGGAUUUAUUGCUUUUUUUAGAAGCUGAACAAGGAAUGCACAGAGUUUCUAAAGACAAUUGUUUAGAAAUCAUUGAAAGAUUUGAACCAACUAAAGAAGGUCGACAGAAAAGUCAGUUAGGUAUAGAUGGUUUCACUGCUUAUCUUUUGUCAGAGAAAUGUGAUUUAUUUGAUCCUGAACAUUUGACUGUAUGUCAAGACAUGACACAUCCACUUAGCCAUUAUUUCAUUGCUAGUUCUCACAAUACAUAUUUAUUAGAAGAUCAACUGAAAGGUCCAUCUAGUGUUGAAGGCUAUAUUCGAGCACUUAAAAAAGGAUGUCGAUGUUUAGACUUGGACUGCUGGGAUGGAGCCAAUGAUGAGCCAGUCAUCUAUCAUGGCCACACACUCACUUCUAAGAUCUCUUUUAAGGCAGUCAUUGAGGCCAUCAAUGAGUACGCUUUUAUUGCUUCAAAGUACCCUGUGAUACUGUCUAUUGAGAACCAUUGUAAUAUAAAACAACAACAAAUAAUGGCUCAUUACAUGAAAACAAUAUUUGGAGAUCAACUUUUUACAGACAAUAUAGAUACCAAUAGGACAACACUACCUUCGCCUGACUUUUUCAAAGGAAAAAUUCUUAUUAAAGGUAAGAAACUUCCCUUGAACUUUGAAGGCAGUGAAGGUUAUGUAACAGAUGAGGAUGAAGGAGCUGAGCCUGAAAAGAAAAAGAACAUUAAAAGAGAAGGCUCUAUAAAAAAACAUAAGUUGACCAAAGAUUUAUCUGAUCUUGUCUCCUAUUGCGUUUCAAAAAGAUUUGAGGAUUUUCAAACUUCUCAACAAAAUCAAAAAUGUUGGGAGCUAAAUUCAUUGAGUGAAUCAUAUGCUUUGAAACUGGCUAUGUCAUGUCCUGAGGACUUUGUCAAUCAUAACAAAAAGUUUAUCUCACGGAUCUAUCCCAAUGGCAUGAGAGUAGAUUCCAGUAACUACAAUCCUCAAGAUCUCUGGAACUGUGGCUGUCAUAUGGUUGCACUUAACUAUCAGACUGCUGGUUUAAUGAUGGAUUUAUAUCAUGGAUGGUUUCAAAAGAAUGGUGGAUGUGGUUACAUACUAAAGCCAGCCAUCAUGAGAGAGGAAAUCGCUUAUUUCAGUGCCAACACUAAAGAUGUAAUACCAGGUGUUUCCCCACAGAUAUUACAUAUCAAGAUUAUAAGUGGUCAGAAUUUUCCAAAGCCAAAAGGAUCAGCAGCUAAAGGAGAUGUGACUGACCCCUAUGUAACUAUUGAAGUAUUUGGUAUACCAGCUGACUGUGCUGAGGAAAGAACAAAGACUGUACCACAUAAUGGCUAUAAUCCAAUAUUUGAUGAAAGCUUUGAAUUCCAAAUCAAUUUGCCUGAAGUAGCCUUGGUCAGAUUUGCAGUCCUAGAUGAUGACUAUAUAGGCGAUGAAUUUAUUGGACAGUAUACAAUACCAUUUGAAUGUAUGCAGACAGGGUAUCGUCACAUUCAGCUGUUAUCCAACACAGGCAGUCCCAUGGAGAAUUGUACAUUGUUUCUUCAUGUUGCUAUCACUAAUAAAAGAGGAGGUGGGAAAGUGAAUAAAAGAGGACUAGCAGUUAAAAAAAGUAAGAGGUCACGUGAGUCAAUUGGAAUGAAAACAGUUGGAGUCAAAAGUAUUGAUGAGACAUUUAAGACUGCUGCUCAACCUCUCCGAGAUGGAAGUGACCUUCGUGAAAACCUUCACUUUGCUUUGUCCACCUUUAAAGAUGCUUGUUGUUUAGCUCCUAUAGCCAACUUGAAGCAAUGUAUACGGCUGCUAUCUUCAAGGAUAGCUAACUCAGGGGAGUCUGUCACAUUGUCAUACACAUUAAAAGGGGAGUUUCCACAUUUGGAGGCACAUGGAACUGUUCCAGAAAUAUUUAAAAAAUCACUUUCAUCUUUUGAUGAUUUAAUAAAUGAAUGCAAGAAUGUACUAGAAAAUGCUGACAUCAUCUAUGAUAAGCUUUUUAACUGUCAGAAAUCUGGUCUUGAAUGGCAUGAAGAUUUGGACAAUGUGUGUCAACAAACUGGGCUGAAAGGGAAAAAGUUAUCUAAGGCAACUGAAAAUUUUGCUUGGAAUAUUAGAGUCCUAAAAGGGCAGGCUGACCUUGUAAUUCAAGCUAAGAAAGAUUGUCAGGAGUAUCUGCGACAGAUCAAAGAGGUGGCCAUUACAACAGGUCUUGCUAAAGAUGAUAGUAAUACACCUGUGUUGGAGCAGGAAGACAAAUGUCAACUUGAGGAAACAUCCUGAUGAAGAGCUGGCCCAAGGAUAUACAGGACCUUGGAAGGAAGAGAAAAGCAAUACCAACUAAAAGGAAGUGACUUUGUUAUUAAACCAUCUACCAUUUUGUCACUCUGUCCAUUGUUAGGAUAGUUUUCACCAGCUUUUAAAAAUAAAUAUGACUUGUUACUCACCUCUUCAUUCUAUUGAAUUGAUCUCUUUUAGGAUGUGUUCAUUACAAUCCAACCUUUUGUUUUGUUCACUAUUAUAUUCAGUUGAUAUUACUAUGUAAGUAUUGAAGCAUCUUUGUGUACAGUUUCAUUAUAAUUUUCUAGAAAAAUAUUGAUCCACUGUGCACUUUUAUUUAUUGAAUUGAACUUAAGCUUUGUGGACUAUACAUAUAAGUGGUAUUAUACACUGGAACUGAAAGUCUACAAGAGUAGUGUGCGAUUUAUACAAUCAAAACAAAAACUCUGUGGACCAUAUACACAGACAUAAUUUUGUUUUGUUGUUUUCUAUUCAGAUUUUUGUUUUAAAACUUCUGAAUAAACCACUCAAGUUUUUGUAAUGAGUCAUUAAGUAUUUAUGUUGUCAAAGUGUAAAGUUAGUUAGUUCAUAGUCAACAUUUCUUAACUUUGAUUCAAUAACUUUCCCCAUCAGACUUCAGUAUUUAAAGAGAUUUGCAUCCUUAGUUUGUCUUCUACUCUUUGUUAACAUUUGGAUUGGUCAGAUAAGUUGACAUUCUUGGUCAGAUAAGUUGACAUUCUUGGUCAGAUAAGUUGACAUUCUUGGUCAGAUAAGUUGACAUUCUUGGUCAGAUAACUUGACAUUCUUGGUCAGAAAAGUUGACAUUCUUGGUCAGAUAAGUUGACAUUCUUGGUCAGAUAAGCUGACAUUUUUGGUCAGAAUAAGCUGACAUUUUUGGUCAGAUUAAGCUGACAUUCUGGGUCAGAUAAAGCUGACAUUCUUGGUCAGAUAAGUUGACAUUCUUGUUCAGAUAAGCUGACAUUCUUGAUCAGAUAAGCUGACAUUUUUGGUCAUUUUAAGCUGACAUUUUUGGUCAGAUUAAGCUGACAUUCUGGGUCAGAUUAAGCUGACAUUCUUGGUCAGAUAAAGCUGACAUUCUUGGUCAGAUAAGUUGACAUUCUUGGUCAGAUAAGUUGACAUUCUUGUUCAGAUAAACUUACAUUCUUGGUCAGAUAAGCUGACAUUUUUGGUCAUUUUAAGCUGACAUUCUUGGUCAGAUAAGUUGACAUUCUUGGUCAGAUAAGUUGACAUUCUUGUUCAGAUAAGCUGACAUUCUUGGUCAGAUAACUUGACAUUCUUGGUCAGAAAAGUUGACAUUCUUGGUCAGAUAAGUUGACAUUCUUGGUCAGAUAAGUUGACAUUCUUGGUCAGAUAAGCUGACAUUUUUGGUCAGAUUAAGCUGACAUUUUUGGUCAGAUUAAGCUGACAUUCUGGGUCAGAUAAAGCUGACAUUCUUGGUCAGAUAAGUUGACAUUCUUGUUCAGAUAAGCUGACAUUCUUGAUCAGAUAAGCUGACAUUUUUGGUCAUUUUAAGCUGACAUUUUUGGUCAGAUUAAGCUGACAUUCUGGGUCAGAUUAAGUUGACAUUCUUGGUCAGAUAAAGCUGACAUUCUUGGUCAGAUAAGUUGACAUUCUUGUUCAGAUAAACUGACAUUCUUGGUCAGAUAAGCUGACAUUUUUGGUCAUUUUAAGCUGACAUUCUUGGUCAGAUAAGUUGACAUUCUUGGUCAGAUAAGUUGACAUUCUUGUUCAGAUAAGCUGACAUUCUUGGUCAGAUAAAGCUGACAUUCUUGGUCAGAUAAGUUGACAUUCUUGGUGAGAUAAGUUGACAUUCUUGUUCAGAUAAGUUGAUAUUCUUGUUCAGAUAAGUUUACAUUCUGGAAGCAAUACAUUCAGAUAGAAACAGUGAUAUGAAGACAUUUGACUGGGAUGGACAAUGUUGUACCACCAAAAUGAACAGAAGAAGAUUUGGAGCAAUUUAGAAAUAAUUAGACAACUAAACACUGUCAAGGACACUUUUAUGAUUUCCUGAUGCUUUAUUCUCAUUCUACAGUGUUCAAUAUUGCACUCAAAUUAUUAUAUGCUUUUUAAAAUCAAGGUUUUCUGUAAAGCAGAUGAAAAUGCUAAUCCACCUACUAAUGAAAAUGUGUCAUGCUAUAGGAUAUUAAUUCUAAGGUUUAAGAUAUUUACAUUAAUUCUGAGGUUUGAGAUAUUUACAUUAAUUCUUAAGUUUAAGAUAUUUACAGUCUUUUGAUCAUUUAAAUGAUCAUCCAUCUAGCUGUAUAAAUUUUUUUUAAAAAUCAAAUAGACCCCUAAUUGCUUUCAUUUUAUGGUGGCACAUAAUAUUAUAACAUUAGUGCCAUAUAUACAUUAUGAUAUGUAAUAUUUUAUUUAAGCAAUGUCUUAUUUUUGGGUUUCUUUUGUAAAUUGUGAUCUGUUGUUUUCAUUUUUCAACUCUUUGGGUUGAUGUAUGCUCAUUUUACUUUUCUGGUCAUUCAAAUGAAUUGAAACCAAAUAGUUCAUGUUCACCUGAAAAUAAAAUGUAUAGUCAAAAGCAUACAUAAGUAAACAAAAAAAUGUGAGCAAUUUUCAUUUCCUGGUACCAAUAGCAGUAUUCACAAAUGAUUUAUUUUCCUUUUAAAAAGGAAUAGUCAUUAAUAACACUGGCAAAUGAUUCCAUAUUUUUUAAAAUCUCUACAUUAAAUUGUACACAAUUGUAUAGUGUAUAUACUUCAUACACCUCCAAAGUAAACACAUUUAGAAUGACUUUUUCUUUUUUGCAUGAAAUGUAAGUAGCAUUUCUUGUAAACAGAACUUGAGCUUAAUAGAAGAUCUUAUACGGUAUCAAUUGAACUUCAUGAUAGGCUCAUUUAAGACAAUUCAUACAAUUUUCAUGUAUCUUUUGGGAAUGUGAGAAGUCUGCUUCAAGAGAAACAUUGUAACUAGGUGUGAACUAUGAACUGAUAAGAGUCCUAAUUUCGAAAGUGGUAGACUACAAUUAAAAUACAGACUAAACAUAACUAAACAACAAUGCUAGUGGAGACAGUGUGUGUGUGUGCAUGCAUGUAUGACUUCCUCAUUCCAGAUCAUUGGAGGAAAUCCUUCCCAGUGGUCUUAGAGUUGUAUAUGGCUCCUGGUGAUGGCUCUGUGCCUAAAUGGACUAUAUAUUAAGUUCCUUUGGGAUAGAGCUAACUGUUCCCCAUGAAGCAAUGUUUUUAGCCUUUCUGAAAAAUUAAUAAAAGGUCAAGGUUGUUAGUAAUAGGUAGCACAUAUUUUAAAAUAAAAUAGUGAUUGCUGUUUCAUUUCAUUAAAACAAAAACGUCUUUGAACAUUUUAGGUUUGUUUGAUAGGUUUGUUUGGUUUCAAUGUUUGUAUGUGUAAAUAGAGUUAGAUACCAUUAUUUUGUACUGAAACUCAGUUUCAAUUAACAUAUGGUUCAUUACUUUUCUAAUGUUUGAAAUGAAUGCAUGUUUAAUGUCAACACACUGAUUGAUUCAGAACCUGGUUUGUUCUUCCCUUUUGUUCAUUGUUUCAAUCAAAUCACUUGUUAGAACUGUAGUGUUUCUUUUUAUUUGAGCAGUCCUAUCUUUUUGACAUGUUUUGGAAUCUGACCAGUGUCAAACUAAUGUCUCCAAACUUUGUGCUGGACACUCUGCUCAAUAUUUGUUUAUUCACGUUAUCAUUUGUUGUCUACAUUGCUCAGCUUAGUUGUUUUUGGUCAGGUUAGAACUGCUUCACAUAUUGAGCAAUAAACAUUGAAUGUAUUUGUUAGUUGUACAGGGAACUCAGUUCAAGGUAUACAAAAGUCUGUUUUAUUUAAUGCUCUUCCAAAACUCAAUGAUGUAUUGAAUAGAUGUAUUGCUAUGUACAGAGAUGUUUGUAUUGCCAUGGCAAUAUUUGUUUCUCUUAGGUUCAGUGGACAUUGAUUUGUGCACAAAUUUUUUUCUUUUUAAUUAAUUUCCUAAAUGUUCACUAACUCCACGUUUUAUUGUUAAUUAGAUAUAUUCGACAAUUUUUAUUUUAUUUUACUAUUUAAUUUAUUAUACCGGUAUAUACAAUGACUUGAAUUUUUAGCUUACAUACUUUUAGCAAUGACCUUCCAUUAAUUAAUAUAUUUAUCACUUUUUAUAAGUCAGUGAUGUUAGACUCACUGCUGUUGUCACCAUAGCAACACUUCAGUUGAUGUGAUUCUGGAAUCCAUCUUUUCAUGGUUAGUUAGCUAGUGUACUCAAAUCUAAUGGUGUGAUAUUGUCUGUCUCAUCUGUUGUCAGUGUUUCAGACAUGCUAUUUAGAUCUAGAUCUCUCUCUGUUCCAUAAUGUUCUCAACACUCGGAAAUAAAACACUACAAAACUUUU